AUAAUAGACAUUGUUAUGGCAACUUCCCAGCUUCAAAAACGGGGUUUUCAAAGAAGGCUGUGUGCUCUGUGCCUACCCAUGAACUCUGCACAUGUUUGUGGGACGUAUACAUUGCCUUGCAAGGUAUUAAUUCUUUACUUGCAGCUGUAUCCGCGGAAGUAUCUUUAGUCAGCAUUUGCAUCAUCACUAUCAGUUAAACAUACUCUUAAUGGAAAUCAUUUUUUGAAGAAAUUAUGGUUUUAACACAAGAUUAUUUUCGGAGAUAGAGUUAAAGAAAAGGAAAAGUUAUUAUCAUGGAAACAAAAAAACUUCUUGAGGCUGAGAGAGAUUCAGAAGAAAGUGACGUAGAAGAUUGUGGUCACCACGAAUCUGCAAAAGAAUACAAAGCUAGAUGGAGAUCAAUUCGUGUCAUUUACUUAGCCGUCUUACUCAGUGCAAUGGAGUUUUCAAUCACCCUGCCGUCAUUAUGGCCCUAUCUGCAGAAGAUUGAUCCUACGGUCACUCCCCAAUUUCUUGCUUGGACAAAUGGUGGUUUCAGCUUGUGCCAAGUAGCUGGUUCAUUUCUCUUUGGUGCCUGGUGCCAGUACCGACCGGCAAUAGAGCCACUGGUAGCAUGUGCCCUUAUUCGCAUUGUUGGAAACUUUCUUUAUCUGCUUCCUGAAAAAUAUAAUGGUUUUCAUGGGAAAAUGUUGAUUCUAUCUGCAAAGCUUAUAAUUGGCCUGUCGACAGGUGACAAAGCUGUCUGCCGUGCUAUCAUUCCUCAGUCAACAACAACAUCUGAAAGAAGAAAUGCUUUCGCUGUCAUCACUUUCUUGAUGCUUGCUGGUUACGCAAUUGGUACAGCUUUGCAGUCUGUUGCAGUCCCUAUCAUCGGGGAAAAGGGUCAUUCUUCGUUAUUGAACAUCGACAUAUACAACGUAGCUGGCUGGAUUGGAAUUAUCAUCGAGAUCUUCAUUUUGCUUCUAUUUCUGCUUUUUCUGAAAGAAUACAACAUUGAAAUUAACAAGAGUUCCAAAGCAGGUCAACUUCCAAAACCAGAUAUGGGUGCUUUGAUUGUGACGGUUGCCGCGUGUUCCUUCCUCUUCUAUGCCUUUUCCCUCGUUGAAACGGUAUCAACACCACUGAUGCAAGCAGAGUUUGGCUGGAACAAAGCUCAAGCGGUCUUUUACGCCGGGAUGGUUCUGUCCGGAUCUGGUAUUUUCGCCCUCAUUGCACUAUUGAUUGUUAGAUAUGCCAUGAGAAAAUUUCAAGAACGAUUGAUUCUUCUGCUCGGAUUUGUAUUGUUGAUGCUUUCGUUUUUUAUUGCAUUGCCCUGGGGAAGUGAAAUUCCAAUGCUCCAAAGAGAAGAAGUUUUCCAAGUUGGAAAUGCAACAAAGACAGUCUUGUCCUCAGGCUGCUCGAUUAAAUACAGCUGGUGCAAAUCCACACCAAAGAUAUACCUUUCACAAUAUCUGGUUGUAAGUUUUGUCUACAACAUGGGCAUUUGCAUUGCAAUCUUGGUCGCUGCAUCGCUGUACUCUAAAGUUAUUGGGCCAAGAAAGCAGGGUUUGUUUAUGGCCUUUCUAUCAGCUUUUGGAUCCUUAGCAAGGUUUCUUGGACCAGUGUCAAUGGUACCAUUAUUUUUCAAUUAUGGCCCUAGAUGGCUUUUUGUCACCUUAACACUUAUCACCGCAACUUUCGUCGCAUUGAUCGCUGGUUUCUACAAAAGAUUGGUUCCAUUAACAGUUUCUUGGGACUCAAAGAGAGAAGAGGAUGGUAAAGAAUGUAAAGAAAAAUAAAUUUGUGUUAAUAAAACUGUUUUAGCGUACUAUUUUUCAUUAACAACAGGGUCUUUUAAAUUACAAUAUCGCUUUCAGCAUUUCAACAUAUUUAAUUUCUGCAACUAUGCUUAUGUAGUCAAUACUCUGUUUUUGAAACAAACAUUUUAUCUUUUCAUUUUCAUUUCAUUCUGAAAUAAUUUCUCUCAAUAGACUUUCAGCAAUGCUGUUCCAAUUAGAUUGCUUACUUGAGCUGUUUUAAUCGACACUUUGUGUUUGUCGAGCGAAUUAUGUCUUCAUGCAUGUGAUGUCAAAAAGCAAAGCAACUAGAACAGAGCCCUGAGGGUAAAGAUGGUUUACAAGUGCAAAUGUGCUUUAGAAAUAAAAUUUUUCAAAACUUAAGAAUCCUUAGAGUGACUAACUUAUGCAAAACAAACUACUGUCAGCUAAUUAAGAUCUUUUCGCCAAUAGAUUGACGUAUUGGCAAGCGCGCAUAAGCUCAGAUAAUAUGUAGCAUUAAAGGAAUAAAAAACUGUUUAGCUUUUCAAAGCUUGUUCGACACUUUUUAUAAAGUUGUUUUUUGAAGAUUAUUUGAUUAAAUAACAUGCAACAUAAGAGCUUCCCUAAGCUAUACAAUUUUAAUUAAGAAACUUACACGUGUCCUUGAGAAAAA